AUGCGGCAAGCGAUGCUUGCCGUCGGACUUUUGCCACUUGAUGACGUGAACGAGGGUGGAGAUCAAUCGUUUGAUGAUAAGGUACAUAGUCGUUUCGUGCGAAGGCAGAAGGUCGUUGCAGAUGUCAGAUGUCGAGGGAGUUCAUUCAAAACCUUCUUGGACUAUAAGCCGCCCACCUUUGAGGGGGGCGACAGUGCUAUGGCGUUCCUUCGUUGGAUUAGGAAGAUGGACCAACCCUUCCAAUCUGGUGAAUUUACAGAGGAUCAGAAGGUGAAUUAUGCAGUGCGAAAGUUUGAUAAGGAAGCACUCGAGUGGUGGGACACUAUUGAUGCAUGA